CAAGCGUCACAUCCGCUUUUGACUCAGUGAAUACGGCUCUAACGAAACGGAGGCGAGUAGCAGUGUUUCGCUUCACUUGAUAACAUUAUUAGUUAACUAAAUAAACCAGAUAAUUAUCUAUCAUUUAAGUUUCUAUCGACAAGAAAUGAGCGACAACGAAAAGGAUUUUGGCGAGCGGGACUCGCGGUCCGCUUCCAGGAGUGUGAGCCCAAGGGGUUCUGGGAAGUCUGCCAGCCGCUCCCUGGCCCAUUCCCCAGCCCGCUCCAAAGAUGGCUCUAGACACUCCAGGUCUAAGUCCCACUCCCGAUCCCGCUCCAAGUCCAGGUCUCGUUCCCAUAGAAGCUCCCGCAGGCAUUAUUCCCGCUCUCGCUCCCGUUCGCACCGCCGCCGUUCCCGUAGCCGAUCCCGAAGCGGGGAAUACCGCCGCCGUCGGAGCCACAGCCACUCCCCCAUGUCCAACCGCCGCAGGCACAUUGGCAACCGGGCCAACCCGGACCCAAACUGCUGCCUGGGUGUGUUUGGUCUGAGCCUGUACACCACAGAGAGAGAUCUGAGAGACGUGUUCUCCAAGUACGGCCCCCUGGCUGACGUCAGCAUCGUCUACGACCAGCAGUCACGACGCUCCCGCGGCUUCGCCUUCGUCUACUUCGAAGUCCGAGAGGACGCCAAUGAGGCUAAGGACAGAGCUAAUGGAAUGGAGUUGGAUGGACGGAGGAUCAGAGUGGAUUUCUCCAUCACCAAACGACCACACACUCCUACCCCUGGGAUAUACAUGGGACGGCCCACAUAUGGUGGCGGUGGCAGCGGCGGCGGCGGCAGCAGCAGCGGAGGCGGUGGAGGAGGAGGAAGUGGCGGCCCCAGCUCAAGCUCAUCUCGCCGUAGCUCGAAGGAUUACGACCGCGGCGGUGACCGCGGCGGUGACCGCGGCGGUGACCGUGGUUACGACAGAGGUUACGACCGUGGCUGCGAUCGCUAUGACGACCGAGAGUGCUACAGGUCUUACAGACGCAGGUCUCCCUCCCCAUACUACAGCCGAGGGGCCUACCGGUCUCGCUCACGCUCGCGAUCUUACUCCCCACGCCACUACUGAGCAGAGGGAGAAGAGGAGCAAGAUGAUACUUUGUGGGGUUAGAGCAAGGGGUGGUGGAUGUGGGGUUAGGGCCA